GCCAGAAUAUGUUCCUGCCACAAACUCUCAUCAACUGCCUCCACUCCCACAAGCUCAAUUCGUGAGCACAGCUGCACUCGACGCUUUGCACCUGCAUACAUCUCGCCUGCCGGCCCACGCCCGCCCCCGCCACGAUUGGACAGAGCCUUAUCUCGCUCCCUCGCGCCCACUCAUAUCUCGCGCCCUCAGCCCUACCCCAGAUUCUUUAUCUCGCCCAGGCCAUGCCCGGUCGCCUGCUUAGUACCCUCGCGAGGGUCGCGCCCACGCCGUUGCCCAAACCGGACCACGGCAAACCGCACGCCGAGGGCCUGCUGCCCCCCGUCUACUCGUACGACGCCCCUCGCGUCAAACCAAAGUCCAAGUCGGAAGAGUCGCUCGUCAUGGACAUCUUCAACCGCCACAAGCACGACAAGCACGACAAGCACGCCAAGGACGACCACAAGAAGAGCCCAAAGGCCGAAGCCGAGGGCGCCGCCUCGAUGAAUAUGAGCGUCGAGUCGCCGCCCAUUGUCUUCUACAACAACCCCCAGACAUCGACUGGCGCCAUCCUCUCCGGCCAGCUCCAGAUCAACGUCCACGAGCCCUACAUCACCGUCGACAAGUUUGAAAUGCGCAUGCUUGCCAUUGUCACCACCAAGAAGCCCGUCUCGCCGCACUGCCCGGACUGCACCACUCAGACCACCGAAAUCCACAAGUGGGAGUUUCUGACGCAUCCCGCUUCUCUGCGCCACGGGCCCCACAACUUUCCCUUCAGCCACCUGCUGCCGGGACAUUUGCCCGCCACCACGCACGGCACGCUCGCCACCAUCGACUACUACCUGUCUGCCGUCGCCACCACGUCUUCGGGCAAGAUCAUGUACAAGCGCAACAUUGACAUUAAGCGCGCCAUCUUCCCUGGCGCCGAGAAGCACUCGAUUCGCAUCUUCCCUCCCACCAACCUUACCGCUUCGGUCAAGCUGCCCCCGGUCAUCCACCCCAUUGGUGAUUUUCCCGUCGAGAUGCGCCUCUCCGGCAUUGUUCAGAACAAAUCCGACUCGCAGACGCGAUGGAGGCUGCGAAAGCUCAACUGGCGCAUCGAGGAGACGCAAAAGUUCAUUUCGCCCGCCUGUGCCAAGCACAUGUCCAAGGUUGGCGGUGACGGCAAGGGCAUUCUCCACGAAGACGUCCGCGCCAUCGCCAACGAGGAGGUCAAGACUGGCUGGAAGACGGAUUUCGAAAAGGGCGAGAUCGAUGUCGAGUUCCAGGCCGCCUGCAACAUGGCCAUGAAGCCUCUGUGCGACGUGGAAAGUACAAACGGCAUGAGCGUCAAGCACAACCUCAUCAUCGAAAUGGUUGUUGCUGAGGAGUGGGCACCACUCAAGAAGCUCAGUCAGGCUACACCCACCGGCGCGGCUCGCGUUCUCCGCACUCAAUUCCACCUAGUCCUUACAGAGCGUUCCGGCAUGGGCAUCGCUUGGGACGAGGAACAGCCUCCACUGUACGAGGACGUUCCCGUCAGCCCGCCCACGUACGUCGAGGAAACCGAAUAUCCCUUUUCCAACCAUAGCUCUCGGUCUGGUAGCUUCAGCCUUGAGCAUUAGUUUGGACCUGUUUUAUUUCUUCUCUUCAUUCAUACCCAUUCGUCAUGGUCGAUUUGACGACGAUUCACGAAUUUCCUUACUUGGUCAAGGUCUGAUUCUUGCAAUUAUCACUUGUGGACCGUAGGAUAUACCCCCAUUUGCACAUUGUUUCCUGGGCGUUGCAUUCACUCGCCCCUCUCUGGUCUUUUGUACGGCGUUUUGGUUCAUUGCUGGAUUGCCUGAGGUGAGCCUGUAGAGAGGCCCCCUUGCAUUGAUUAGACAUUCAGCUGGGCGUUUCAAACAAAAAAAGUUUUGGCCCAACAAGAUAUCAUUUCAUUUGUCAACACACCCCACUAUUCAUAAAAUAAUACAUAGUACACCGUAG